AUGGUUUCUAUAUCUACUUUGGGCUUUGCAGGUAUUUUGAUGGGUCUCAUAUGGAGAUUCAUCAUCUAUCCUGCAUUUCUUUCCCCUUUGGCAAAGAUCCCAAAUGCACACUGGUCUUCUCCAUUUUCUCCUACUUGGAUUCUGUUUCAGAGAUUUCGUUGUCGGGAAAAUAGGACUGUACAUGCAUUGCAUAGACAACUUGGUCCUUUGAUUCGAUUAGGUCCAAAUGAACUCUCUACUAAUGAUGUUGAGGGCCUUCGACUUGUAUAUGGAGGCGGAUUUGAAAAGGGAAAGUGGUAUUCUUUCUUUGACAACUAUGGUAUCCCAUGUAUGUUCUCAACACUGCCCUCGAAGAAUCAUUCCUCUCGAAAGAGAAUGAUUUCAAAUACCUACUCAAAAUCCACACUCCAGUCGUCUCCAGCAUUGGCUGAGCAGGCAAGGGUCAUCCUCUUUGAGCGCCUUCUACCUACUAUUUCAAACUUGGCUUCAUCUUCCCCAAGUCCUUAUGGGGUUGAUGUUUACGACCUAUUUAACGGCACUACUAUGGAUUUCAUCUCUUCUUAUCUAUUCGGACUUAAGAACGGCGCCAACUUUAUUAAAGAUGUCUCAUACAGAAGACAUUGGCUAAGGCUCUAUCAAGGACGCCAUCGUUACAGUUUCUAUUCACAAGAACUUCCCCGCCUCACUCGAUUUCUCAAUACUUAUAUCUACCGUAUCGUCCCCUCAUUCGUCGAUUCUGCCAAUGACGAACUAGAGGAAUGGUGCCAACAUCGCUGCGAGGCUACAGCCAAAUUUAUCAAAGAGGGAGGAACAUGGGAUACUGAGCCUGGCAAUGAACCAGUAGUUUACAAUGCCAUGAUAACCGGUAUUGAGAAAGAAAGUAAAAUCCGCGGCGCCGACUCAGUUCUCAAAGAAGAGACGCUCAAGUUUCCAGAUCGUAGUAUCUACAGUGAAAUGAUUGAUCAUCUUGCCGCCGGUCACGAAACUGCAGGCAUCACAGUUACAUAUCUAGCAUGGCACUUAUCGAUUGAUCCCAUGCUCCAGAAAUCUCUAAGGAAAGAACUCCUCACUCUUUCACCCAACAUGCUUUUCUCUUCAACAUCUACAUCAUCCCAAGUUCCAACAAUUCCAGAUCGUAAAGAUCUCGAUGCUCUUCCCAUCCUCCAUGCAGUCUUAAUGGAGACGCUUCGUCUCCGCGCCGCUAUACCGGGUGGUCUUCCUCGUAUGACUCCAUAUCCUAGCUGCGAUAUUGGUCCUUAUAAGAAUAUUCCCGGUGGUGUUAGAAUCGGCGCACAGGCUCAUAGUGUCCACCGUAACGAACAAGUUUUUCCUGAAUCGGAAAGAUUUGAUUAUAUGCGAUGGAUGGAAGGAAAUGGUAUGACGGAUGAACAGAAACGGGAAAGGGAUAGGACUUUUUGGGCUUUUAGUAGUGGAGGUAGAAUGUGUAUUGGUAGUAAUUUUGCUAUGCUCGAAAUAAAACUCAUAGUAGCAGCCAUCUAUACCAACUUUACCACUCUAGUCAUAAAUGACGAUGGAGUCGAUCAAAUGGAUGGAUAUACCUGCGGACCAUCUGCCGGAAAACUUCAUCUUCGAUUCGAACAUGCUCCGCCUGCAUGUGCAGCUGAGAUAUGA